CCUUGACCUGGGUAAGCGAUCCCAUGCAUGGAAACACAUUUACGGCCUUAUGUGGUCGCAAAACUCGUGGAUUUGAUGCAAUCAGGGCUGAGUUGAGGGCAUUCUUUGAUGUCCAUGAUCAAGAAGGGAGCUAUCCUGGAGAAGUUCAUCUGGAGAUGACAGGGCAAAAUGUAACAGAGUGCGUUGGAGGGUCAAUGACUGUGGCCUUUGAUGACUUGAGCUCUCGGUAUCACACGCAUUGUGACCCUAGGUUGAAUGCAUCACAGUCAUUAGAGCUAGCCUUUGCCAUAUCAGAGAGGUUGAGGAGAAGGCUCGAGUCUGCUAAUAAAUUUCGCGGUGCUUACAGAUGUAAUUAAUGGUUUUAUGGCAUAAGCCAACUGCUGGACCUUGAUCCUGUUAAGAAUAGUUAUAUAUUGAGUUUGUUUUUCCUUUUUCUUGUGUCUGGAAAGGAGAGAUCUUUUGUAAUUAUAAAUAACUCUCCUUUCGUUACUGAAAAAGUAGUCUGUUUUUAUCAACAGAAUGCAUGGAGUAGCAAGAUGAGGAACAGGCCAACUGGCUGUGUUUCUUAUUCGUACUCCAUGUCGUUGACUUUAUUUAUUGGGGGGUUCGGAUGGGGUGGUUGUAAUUGGGGUUGAUGGGUGUGUGUUUUGUAAAGUUGAACAGGGCAUUAUUUCUGGCAGCGUUUUUGCUGGCCAGGUUGCUGUCAACUGUACCCAGGCUGAUGCCUCCA